UUGCACGAACUCUCCGAGCUUCAAAUAUUUCCUCAUGCCCCAAACAAAAAGAAAAAAAGAAAAAAAAAGAAAAAAAAAAAGAAAAAAAAAAAAAAAAAAAAAGAAGUGCGAUGAAGAGCUCGAUCGAGCUCAACAUGGCGAGAAGCUUCUCGAUUCCACGAUAGGGCAUUAGCUCCCUAUAUAUAUCUAUCUCUCUCGCUUCCCGCUCCUCUUCUUCGUAGCUCCAAUCCCUCCUCCCAUGGCAGCGGGGGCGAUCUCCCUCGUCAUCGUCCAUGGCCUCGCCUCCUCCGCACCCUGUCCUCGCCUCCCGGUCGCUUGCGCUCGGCGCUCUCUCCCUGUCAUUUGCAGGACGCGGCAUCGAAAUCUCAGUUCAGAGCACAGAAAACGGCAAGCUAAAAGAAUUUCUCCAAAGCAGUCGCCAUUAAAUAUGGCCUUUCAGCCUCCCGGCGAAGAAAAGAAUGAAGCUCCGGACUCCACUAGCGACUCUACCCUGCAUAAUCGACAGAAUACUUUGUCAGGCACUAUUCUUGAAACUGAUGUUACUAGCAAGACAGGUCAGAUAGGAGCGAACAAUUAUGAGAUUGAGGAAGCUGGAGGUGGAGAGGAGCUACCAAAUGUUCGGCCGGAAGAUUUGAUAGGAAUGAUAAAAAAUGCCCAAAAGAAUAUUUUGCUUCUCAAUCAAGCCCGUGUCCGUGCCCUUGAAGAUGCUGACAAAUUACUUGCUGAAAAGGAGUCUUUGCAAGCAGAAAUAAAUGUUUUAGAGAUGAAGUUGGCGGAAACUGAUGCCCAACUCAAAGUUGCUGCUCAAGAGAAGGUAAACGUGGAACUUCUUGAAGAUCAAAUUGAAAGGCUGAAAAGAAGAAUGGUUUUAAGAGAUACUCGUGAGGGAGGGACUGAUGUUAAUACUAGUGAAUCUCCUCUUGGUGCUGAACUCAAUGCUCUAAGGGAAGAGAAUAUGGUAUUGAAGGAUGACAUACAAACUCUCAAGUCCAAACUUACUGCCGUCAGGGAAACAGAGGAACGCGUGGGAAUACUGGAGAAAGAGCGAUCCACGUUGGAGGUUUCCUUCAGAGAGCUGGAGUCUAAAUUUGCAAUUUCACAGGAUGAUGUUAUGAAACUUGUUCCCCUUCAAUCUGAAUGCAAAGCCUUGUGGGAGAAGGUUGGGAAUUUACAAACCUUUCUAGAUAAUUUAACAAAACAAGCAGAGCAGGCUGCUUCAGUUCUACAGCAAAACCAUGAGUUGCAAAAGAAGGUUGAAAAGUUAGAAGCCUCUCUUGAAGCUAUAAAUGAAUCCAAGCUCCAAUUAGAGAAGUCUGAGUAUAUUGAUGAGCUUUUGCAGCAGAAAGUGAAAACCUUAGAGGAGCAUCUUCAAAUAUCUGACCAAGAAAUGCAUUCUCUAAUUGAACUAUAUCAAGAAUCAGUUAAAGAAUUUCAGGAUGCCCUAAAUAAACUAAAAGAGGAAAGCGAAAGGAGAUCACUUGAACUAGACAGCAAUGAUAUGCCUGGGGAAUUCUGGAGCCAAUUACUUCUUACUGUUGAUGGUUGGUUUCUUGAGAAGAAAAUAUCAUCCAACGAUGCCAAGUUGCUGAGAGAAAUGGUAUGGAAGAGGGAUAGUCAGAUUCGUGAUGCAUAUUUGGCAUGCAAAGGAAUGGGUGAGAGAGAAAUUGUGGCGAAAUUCCUAAAAUUGACUUUACAUGGGACAAGUCCAGGCUUGCACAUUGUCCACAUAGCAGCAGAGAUGGCUCCUGUUGCAAAGGUCGGUGGUCUGGGGGAUGUUGUGUCUGGUCUGUGUAAAGCACUUCAGAGGAAAGGCCACCUAGUGGAAAUUGUAGUUCCCAAAUAUGACUGCAUGAACUGUGAACUCAUCACUGAUCUUAAGGUGUUAGAUGUUGUGGUACAGUCGUAUUUUGAUGGACAGCAAUUCAACAAUAAAAUUUGGGUUGGGACUGUUGAAGGUCUUCCAGUCUAUUUUAUAGAGCCUCAUCAUCCGGCAAGGUUCUUCUUGAGGGGACAGUACUACGGAGAGCAUGACGAUUUUAAACGAUUUUCAUUCUUUAGCCGUGCUGCCCUAGAAUUAGUUUAUCAAGCUGGGAAAAAACCUGACAUAAUCCACUGUCAUGAUUGGCAAACAGCAUUUGUUGCACCUCUCUAUUGGGAUAUAUAUGCUACCCGGGGUUUUGAUUCUGCUAGAAUUUGCUUUACAUGUCACAAUUUCGAAUAUCAAGGAACAGCACCUGCUUCUGAGUUGGCAUCUUGUGGCCUUGAUGUUGAUCACCUAAACAGACCUGAUAGGAUGCAGGAUCGUUCAGCACAUGAUAGAAUUAAUACUGUUAAGGGCGCGAUUGUGUAUUCUAACAUUGUUACAACUGUAUCACCAACGUAUGCUCAAGAAGUGCGCUCUGCAGAGGGUGGUCGUGGCCUAAAUGAUACACUGAAAUUCCAUGCAAGGAAAUUUGUUGGAAUUCUUAAUGGAAUUGAUACAGAUACAUGGAAUCCUUCUAGUGAUAGUUUUAUCAGAGUUCAAUAUAAUGCUGACGAUCUUCAGGGCAAAGCAGCAAAUAAAGAUGCAGUUAGAAAGCAUAUGAACUUGUCCACCAAAGAUGCCUCUCAACCACUGGUCGGUUGUAUCACAAGACUAGUACCACAAAAGGGCGUGCAUCUCAUCAGGCACGCAAUAUACAAAACAUUGGAAUUAGGUGGACAGUUUGUGCUUCUAGGUUCAAGUCCAGUUCCAUACAUUCAAAGAGAAUUUGAGGGCAUAGCAAACCAUUUCCAGAGUAACCCUCAUGUUAGGUUGCUACUGAAGUAUGAUGAUGCCCUUUCACAUUUGAUUUAUGCGGCAUCUGACUUGUUUGUAAUUCCAUCAAUAUUUGAGCCCUGUGGCCUCACUCAGAUGAUAGCAAUGAGAUACGGUUCCGUGCCAAUUGUGAGAAAAACUGGUGGACUGAAUGAUAGCGUUUUUGACAUUGAUGACAAAACAAUACCAGUGCAGUUUCGAAAUGGUUUCACAUUUGUAAAGCCUGAUGAGCAGGCUUUAAGCAGUGCAAUGGAACGGGCAUUCAAGUAUUACAACCAAAAUCCAGAAAUAUGGCAACAACUUGUUCAGAAGGUCAUGAGAAUGGACUUCAGUUGGGAUUCUUCAGCUGCACAAUACGAAGAGCUUUAUGAAAUGUCCGUGGCUAGGGCAAGGGCUUCAGCUCGUGCAUAGAUGAUUCUUCAACUGACCUAAUAUUCUGGCCUCUCACUCAGUCCGUACUUAAACCUGCUCUAGUUUUCGUAUAAUCGGCCUUGCUGUUUUAAGUACUCCUUGAGAUGCAUCGCAGGCUUCAUUGCAUCUUUUGGCUUUGACCGGAGGGGGGGUUUUCUGAUUAAAUCGGGAAGAAGAUAACAAUGAAGUUGAAUAUGGUCUCAUUACAACAUGGGCGGUUGCUGGGCAUUCGGUUGUUUCAAAAGUUUCUACUCAAGGGAGAGGUAUCUCUACAUCGCAAUGAUGCCAUAUUUUUUGUUCCUUUUCUACUAUACUCCAUAGGCUAAUACAACAUGAGUAAUGUUACGUAAGUACGAUAGAUAUAUAACACCUCUAUUAUUGUUGAAUUGUAACUCGUACUGUAAAACAAAUGUCAAUAUGUUUAGGCUAGUGAAAAUGCAUAGUGUGACACUAGUAAUGACAAUUUGUUUGAUAGAAAUUGCUCAAAAUGUCACUUAAUAGCAGGAAAAGAAACAAAUGUCUGACUUUAAGUCCUUGAAUUAUACGUGGCAUAUUGAAGAAGAAA